AUGGAUUCAAUGAAUGACUCAUUAUUAAAUGAUAAUAAUAAUAAUAAUAAUUUAUUUUUAUCAAAAUCUAAUAUUGAAAAAAAUGUAACAUUAACUGCUGCUGAUAUAACAAAAAAUUUAAUACCAGAACAAUAUCAAAUAAUAUUAUUAAGUUUAGCAUAUGGAAUAAUAUCAAUUCUUGCUCUUAUUGGUAAUUCAUCAAUAAUAUAUAUUGUUCUAUCAAAUAGACGAAUGCAUACAGUUACUAAUUAUUUUAUAUGUAAUUUAUCUUUAGCUGAUUGUCUUGUUGCUUGUUUUGCAGUUCCAUUUCAAUUUCAAGCAGCAGCAUUACAAAAAUGGGUAUUACCACAUAUACUUUGUAAAUUAGCACCAUUUUUUCAAAUUCUAUCAGUUGAUGUUUCAAUUUAUACAUUAGUUGCUGUAUCAUUAGAUCGUUAUUAUGUUAUGAUUUAUCCAUUAAAACCGAAAUUAUCAUUAAAAAGUGCCUUAAUUAUAUUUAUAAUAAUAUGGUUAAUUGCAUUUUUAUCAUCAAUUCCAAGUUUAAUUUUUUAUAAUGUUUAUUUAAUAGAUGAUUUUGGUUAUCAAUGUUUACCAUAUAAAUAUGAAAAAGAUAUUUAUUUUAAUUCAACUAAAAUAAAUUAUAAUCCUUCUUAUUAUAAACAUAAAAUAUAUAUUGUUUAUAAUAUAUAUUCACAAUAUAUUAUACCAUUUAUUAUAAUAAGUUGUGCUUAUUUUCGUAUUGGAUCACAUUUAUAUUUUUCUAAACCAGUUGGACAAACAAAAUAUCAAGAAGUUAUUACACGAAAUAAACGUAAAGUAUUAAAAAUGUUAUUUGUUGUUGUGGCAUUAUUUCUUAUUUGUUGGUUUCCAUUACAAUUAUAUAAUUUUCUUAAUCUAUACAAACCUGAAAUAAAUGAUUUUAAACAUAUUGUUGUUUUAUGGUUAUGUGCCAAUUGGCUUGCUAUGUCAAAUUCAUGUCAUAAUCCAUUUAUUUAUGGAUUUUGUAGUGUAGGUUUUCUCUUUCUCUUUAUUAUUUAUUUAUCAAUGAAAAAAACUGAAACAUUUCAUAUUGAGCUCGAGGCAAGAUUUAAUAUUGAAUUUCGUAAACUUUAUAAAUGUUUUCCAUGUAUUGAUAAAGGUAAAAUAGAUGGAGAAUUAACAGAUACUCGUACAAAUAUCCCAUUAUUAAGUAAACAAGAAAUAAAAAAUAAAAAAACUGAAGAAUAUUCAAGAAAUUCAUUAAUAAAAAAAAAUUCUCAUAAAAAACGAAUAAAAUCAAUAAAUAUUCAAGAAUAUAAUAAUAAAAGAUCAUCAUCAACAUCAUCAUCAUCAAUUCUUAUGAAAAAAAAUUUCAAAAGUAAACGUUAUCAAUCAUUAAAUACCAAUAAUUAUUAUUAUUAUAGUUCAAAACCUAAUCGAUCAAUAAACAAUUGUGAAAAAUUUAUCAUCGAUCAAGAUUUAAAAAAACCAUCGAACGAAAAUCAUAUUUUAGAAUAUCGUCAAAAUCAAUCAAAACAUUUUACAUAG